GAUUUCUUUGGGAAAAGCUUCUUUUGCUUUUGCUUGAUCUGUUGAACAUCACCAUCACUAAAAUUUUCCCCGCGCAAUAUUUCCAUACAAGACGGUCGCAACAAACAACCUCGUUCCUGCCACGCGGCGUUUAAGCUUGAGAGGAAAGAAUCUGGGUGCUACUCUGCAUCAUCCAAUUGAGUACAAAGAUCUUCUAUUGAUUUACCAUUUGGAAAGGUAAUUUGUUUGUUCAAUCAAUCAGUCAAUCAGUCAAUCAGUCAAUCAGUCAUUCAGUCAUUCAAUCAAAAAAUCAAGUUUCAAAUUUCCAAUUUCCAAAAUCCAACUCUGGGAAAACCCCCAAUUGAUACCCUCUCUCUCAGCUUACCCGUUUCUACCCACUCAAACUCACCCACUCACACCCAUUUACCCACCACCUCUUCUUCCCAAAUCCUUCCAUCCGCCAUUGCACAGAAGAUAAGUGCAGUUUCAAUUCGCAACUCAUCGACCCCCCCCCCGCCUUCCUGAUCUACAACAAUUUCAAAUCUCUUCCAUACGAGGCGAGAGGGCCAAAGAAGAGAAAGGAAAAGGUAUAUAGGUUCCAAUUGAAAGGGACAGAAACCCCAAAUACCCGGACCGCUCGAGAAAACAAAGGACGGCGAACAUAUCCAUUUCCAAUAUAUCGAUUUUGAAGUGAUACGCAAAAAGGGAAAGGGUCUUUCAAUCGCAUCAGUAGCGGAAGGCAUUUUAUUUGGGCAUCAAUGCGAUUGCGGUGGGACUAGCUCGCGGAUACUUGCAGCUCCAUACAGUAACACAGCAUUCGAUUAUUACAUUUGCGCAUUCUCUCCAGCACGAGAGAGGAGGCUUGAUUGAAGGAGUAGGUUCUCCGCGUGACUAUACAUGUGUGGAUGUAGUGCUUUACGAAGAGACUAGGUUUUGGAUUGGCUGCCGACGGAAGCAAGAAUCGAAAAGAAUCGAAAGCAAGAUUGUCGAAAAGAGAAAAGACGAAAGGGUGGGAUUUUGGACCCAAGGAAAUUACGAGAAAAUACGGAGCGGCCGAGUCGGGCAAACCUACCUGGUUUCUGGGAAGGAAGGAAUUACGGAAAGAGAGGAUCAAGGCCGGUCAAAUAGCGGUGCAUGCGAACGCGUGUUGGUGUUCGGAUAGGCACGCGGCGAAACGUGGUAAGGGAUUGAAAAGACUCGGGUACUUACUUUGCGGCAAGAAUUUAUUUCGGAGUAUCGCUAGGGUUACCCUUUGUAGCAUUAAGAUUGCUCGCAGACGCAAGAAGGUGGUAGAAGUGUGCGCUGGAAGUGUGGGAGUGAGGAGACAAGGUCAUUGUGCAUUGUUGCUGGACGGGCGGUUCACGGCACCAUCCUGUGUUGCCUUGGUUGUGUGACGAGGCUGCUGCAGCAGGGCUCCUAUUCAAGGAUUGGCGAGGGAGGUUGACUGGGGCUUCUAUUGAUUGGAGUGUGGUGUCGCAAAAACGAACUAGCUUCUGCACAAGUACCAAGUGAGGUAUUUAAGACAGGAUGUCGGGAGAAACUGAAAUAGAUGAUCCUGAGGUUUCGGAUGGUGCUUCGGAGAAUGAUUAUAGUGAUCAUGAGCAAGAGCUUGAUGUUAUAGGAAAAGAGGGCGAUAAUCAAGAAAUGGCGGAACAAAAAGUAAGACCGGACGGCGAGGAGAAUGGAAAUACUGUAGGAGCAACGGCUACAGUUACAAAACCAAAAUUCGAUCCUAAAGAUCCCUUGAGACCUAGAAGAAAGAAGGCGAGAAGAGCUUGUUUUGCUUGUCAACGAGCGCAUUUAACUUGUGGGGACGAGCGUCCAUGUCAACGUUGUAUAAAGCGAGGUUUAGCGGAUGCUUGCCAGGAUGGUGUCAGAAAGAAGGCCAAGUAUCUUCACGAUGCACCACCAGAAGCUCUCAGACCUGUUUUGGGACCAACUUACAAUCAACAAGUAAGCAGUAAUCGAGCCACUGCCGCAUCAACACCGACGGAACCUUCUCCUGGUAUGGGGAACUUUUUCUCUCAACCUGAUACUUCACCGUCUUAUCCACUCUUUGGAGCCAAUCAACAAGGUCAAAUGCCACCGCCAUUGCAGAAUCGACUCUCUUUUGGAAGUAAUCAGCCAUCGCCGAUAUCUCCAACUUUUCACACAGCAGGCAAUCGACCAGCUGGAAUGCAAGGAAUUUCUCUACCGCAAGUUUCAAACGAUUCUCAUUCCGCAUUUGGGGGUGGUGCAUUUUUCGAUCCCAGUAAUCCAGCACUAUUCAACUUUGAUUUAGAAGGAUUAAAUUUCGGAAAUCAUUAUGGAGCAUUAGAGUUUGGAAUGCUAGGGCAUAUGGCAUCAGGCUCAGCAGAAACACCACCACAAGAUUCAAGUGCAGGAAUGCCACAAAAUGUUGGCGAUCUCGGCUUCAGUAACAAUUCAGCUUUCACUAAUAAUCCGCCUUUUAAUCAAAUCUAUUCUCACGAUUCAUUGCCGGAUUUUGCUGUCGGUUUGGACAGACCGAAUGGAGGAAAUGUCUUUGGCAAUAAUAAUCCACAUCAUGGUUUACCUCAUGCGUACGCAAUUGCCACUAGUGGCAGUCAACACAGUCCUAGCACUGAUGCGAGUCCUGCGGCAAGUACAAUGGGAUUUGAGAGCUCACCGACAACUACUAAUUAUCCGGCACCGGCAAGUCACAGGCCAGCAAAACGACAAGAUACGAAGUCAGGCCCAUCUGGCAAGCUUGGGCCAUCGGGUAUACUUGGAAAGAGGAAUCGGGAUCCUUCAUCUAUCUACGAUACAGUCCAUGAACCUUAUUCGUAUACUACCGGUUUCCAUAGCUUGACUGCUUUCAUUCAAAAGCGAUUCUCGCCAAACAAGACGCUUCGGAUAGCCAAAUCACUCGCUUCCAUUAGACCAUCCUUUAUCUCUUGUACAAAAACCCUCAAUCGACAAGAUUUAAUAUUCAUGGAGAAAUGUUUUCAAAGAACUUUAUUUGAGUAUGAAGACUUCAUGUUGAACUGCUGCACGCCAACAGUGGUCUGUCGUAGGACUGGAGAAAUCGCCGCUGCUAAUAAAGAAUUCACACUUUUGACUGGAUGGAGGAAGGAAGUCCUCUUAGGAAAUGAAGCAAACCUUAAUACCAAUACAGGAAGUGGUGGUCCUCCAUCCUCAGGAAGUUCAGGACGGGGAAGUUUCACAACGCCUAGAAUGCGACCCGUCAACCUUGCCGACUCGAACCCGAACGGUAAAACUCAACCUAUCUUCCUCGCGGAACUGUUAGACGAUGAUAGCGUCAUUGAAUUCUAUGAAGAUUUUGCACGAUUGGCAUUUGGAGACAGUAGAGGAAGUGUUACGACUCGUUAUAAGCUUCUUAGAUAUCAAACGGCAAAAGACACCUCUCAAUCUCCCGAAGGUGAUAAGGGAAAGCGAAAGGAUAUCGUUGGAUUCAAUGGGGCUGGGAUUGGAGGAAUGGGUAAUAGGAUAAAGGAAAUUGAUGCGAACAAUGGAAUCGAGUCGUUGCAACAGGAUGGAAAGGUGGAUUGUAGUUCUUGUUGGACAAUUAAGAGGGAUGUCUUUGACAUUCCCAUGUUAAUUGUUAUGAAUUUCCUUCCUUGCAUCUAGAUUCUACAUAUAUAUAAUUCUGCAGCACCUUUUCCUCCUUUCUCAUCACGAUAACGCCACUCUCAGUCAAUACGAUACAUACGAUACCUUCCCGUCUCCAUACAUACCAUCAACUUAAUACCUCUAUUCUUAACGGCUUAUUUUCAUUGCUUGGUUUGUUUGCAUUCAUGAAUAAGGGGACAAGGCAAAAAUUGGCGCUAGUCUUUUCGGAUUCA